GGGAGAAAAGGUUAUGAUACAGCCCUUAGCUAUAAGUUUUUGGCCCAGCUGUUUGUGAUUUCGAUCCUUUGGUGAAGUUCCAACUUCCAACAGACCACGCUAGACGCUAGUGCGAACGACGACGAUGGACAUCAUCAUCCAGGGCGGCCUUGUUACCCUGAUUUGGGCAUUUGUUGCCGUCUGCAUAGUGAUCUAUUGCAUCCGCUCAGAGGCCGCGGCGGACGAAAGGAGGCGCUUGUGGCCGGGCUCGCAGCAUGGGAGGACGGCGCUGGCGAGGGUCGUCGUAGGGGAGCCGCAGCAGCUGGUCUACUUCUCGUACCCCGCCGAUACGGAGGACGGACGAACGACGGUCGGGGCGUCGGUGGUGGUGUGCGCGAUCUGCCUGGAGGCGCUGGUGGGCGGGGCGGAGUGCAGCGAGGUGACGGCGUGCCGGCACGUGUUCCACCGGGGCUGCCUUGCGCUCUGGAUCAAGAGCAAAGGCACCUGCCCGCUCUGCAGGGAGCAUGUCGUGCCGGGGCCAGAGCCCCCGUCAGCUGCCGAUAACAUGGUUUAGCUUUAUUAGGGCUUGCUCAUUGAUACUUUCUCUGUAAAUAAAUAUAAAAACGUUUAAAUCAUUAAAUAGUGAUGUAAACGUUUUUAUAUUUCGUUACAGAUGGAGUACGUAUAGUCAUAAGAUGAAUUUGUUGCUGCAUUUAUUUUGAAAAGAAAGAAACUGUUACUGUAUUUG